AUGUGGGAAUUUUUUACUUCUGGACUUACUAGACUUUUCCGUAGUUUCUUGACCAAAACAUUGGCUUUACAGUUGGCUGAAAGCAUAAAGGAAGGUAACGACGUCGUUGCUCGUGCAAAGACUGGUUCUGGGAAGGCCUUUGCGUAUCUCCUUCCAUUGCUUCAGAAGCUGUUUACUGCGGGCUGCACCAGCAGGACCUCCGGAUGUUCUGGUUUCCACACCUGCUUGUAUACCAAAAUGCUUGUCAGCUGGUCUACUUCUGUCAGCAUCCCUAGGCGUUGUCAAUGCCUUCUUAUGUCCGCCACAUCAAGUGGUGAUGUUGAGAAACUGAAGAAGCUGGUUUUACACAAUCCCCUCAUCUUGACUUUGCCAGAAGUGGGAAAUAUUAAGGAUGAGAUUAUCCCCAAGAAUGUUCAGCAAUUUUGGAUUUCAUGUGGUGGUCGUGAUAAAUUACUUCACGUCCUUGCCCUCUUGAAGUUGAAGUUGGUUCAAAAGAAAGUUUUGAUUUUUACUAAUACCAUAGACAUGGGAUAUAGAUCAAAACUAUUUCUGGAAAAGUUUGGAGUUAAGUCUACUGUUUUAAAUUCUGAGUUGCCACAGAAUUGUCGUCUUCAUAUUCUUGAGGAAUUCAAUGCUGGGCUUUUCGAUUAUUUGAUUGCAACUGAUGACAGUGAAACAAAAUAGAAGGAAGAAGUCG